UCACGUGACUAUGAGAAAACAAUCUGUGUCAGCGGAUAUCACAUGAAGCUUUACUGUGUUGUUUUCAUAAACACUUCAAAACAACUAGUAGAAAUGUGUUGAUACGUGUAUGAAUAUACGAUCAAUUGAUAGUUGACCACUUGUCAACGUUAGAUCGGGAGUUUCAGCGCUUCUGUUUCCAACAGGCCCAAGACAAUGAUAGAGGAAACUGACACUCAGUCACCUACAUCAUCGUCAUCAUCAACUUCAUCAGUAUCACCGUCGACUACAUCAGCAGCAUCAUCGACUACAUCGUCUCCAUCCAGAUCCAGUCCAACCACUUCCCCGACUAGUCGUACUGUGGUUGUACCCACGGCAGUUGCCAAUUCCCUUCCACCAUGUCGAGUGUGUGGGGAAAAGGCAAGUGGAUUCCAUUAUGGAGUCAACACCUGUGAAGCCUGCAAGGGGUUCUUCCGACGAAGUCUGCAGCGUAAAGACAAAUACAAGUGCUCUGCAUCUGGCCGAUGCAAGAUUGGUAUGGGAAGACGCAGCACCUGCCCAUCUUGCCGUUACGAGAAAUGUAUCGAUGUCGGCAUGUCUAAGACAGCCAUCAAGACUGGCCGAUACACACAUGAGAAGCGAACCCAGGACAUUCUGGAGGUGAAACAGCUAGAGCUUACACAAGACCACCACCCUAACAUUACAACAGUGACUCAAGCCAAGACUGUCGAGGUGGCUCCUACACCACUUCAAGCCUCUGCUACAGCUACAAGCACAACCUCAAGAACCAGAGGAAGAGGGCAAGCAAGAUCUUCAAGUUCCAGAGGACACCCUACAACACCAUUGACAACACCAAGCCAAGCCCCAGAGCUGCCCAUGACACCAUGUCCCCCUGGCACAUCACCGACAACAUUGUGUACUGAUACAGCCCAGGAAACAACAUCUCAUACUGUCACAGCAGAGGCAACAACAGCGCACACAGCACAGGCAACAACAUCGCUCACAGCACAGGCAUUAACAUCGCACACACCACAGGCAACAACAUCGCUCACAGCACAGGCAUUAACAUCGCACACAGCACAGGCAACAACAUCGCUCACAGCUCAGGCAACAUCGCUCUCAGCACAAGGAACAACAUUGCACACAGCACAAGGAACAACAUUACAUGCUCCCCAAGUACAGGCAACGGCUUCAUACAUUGAGACAGCAGCGGCAACAAUAUCACAGACACUUCUUGAAAAGGCAACAACAUCACAGACUUUUCUAGCAGAGGCAACAACAUCACAGACACUUCUUGAACAGGCAACAACAUCACAGACUUUUCCAGGACAGCAAGCAGCAACAUCAAACACAGCCCAGGCAGCACUUGUACACCAGGAAGGAUUUGAAUCAUUUCCUUUCACCCCAAUGAGUCCCACUGGUGCUGCAUCCUGCGAUCUGGAGCCACCAUAUUGUUAUGCUACUACUUUGAACGAUUGCCUUCCUUUGUUGCCCCUAGCAACACCAAUGCCACCUACCCCAGAAGAGCCAAUUGACUGUGACUCCAUCAUUGCCAGUCUGAUCGAAGCUCACCAUACAUUCAUUUGUUCCAGCACGUACAUGUCCAAGGCAUAUCUAUUGGAGUGUCAGAAAAAACAUUUUGAUGGGUAUCAGAGUAAGGAGGAGAUGUUUGGGUCGCUGCCGACAUUGUCCCAAGACCAGUACAUGGACAUCUACGAGCAGACAGGGAUGGACAUUGACAACCGGCAGGAAAUGAUGGGUUAUUUUGCCACCCACAUGGAGAACGGAAUAAGGAAGUACAUCAAUUUUGUCAAACUCAUCCCAGGAUUCACAGACCUUCACAUUGAGGACCAGGCUAGUUUAGUUAAAGCCUCCCGGUUUGAGUUCUGGCUGUGGGGCACCUUCUCAGGCUACAACAUGGACCUAAUGGUGGCAUGCAUGCCGAACGGAAAGUGCCUACAUCGCAGUGAGAUGUGCAAGAUUUGGGACGACGACUUUAUUGUUGAAACAUUUCGUUUUGCACAAACUCUGAAAAAAUUACCGUUACUGCCAGACGAAUUUGUUAUUGUGAAGUCUAUUUGUGUGACAUUUGCUGACCGGUCUGUGUUGAAGGAUCGUGCAAUGGUGGAGCAGAUACAGUGGCGCCUUGUCCAGUGCUUCCUGCACCUUCUCAAGAAGAACCACAAAUCAGAAAAGGGGUUAUUUGCCAAGGUCAUGGACAGAAUUAUGGAACUGCGAACUCUUACGGAAUUGAAUAACAAACUUGCCCGAAAAAUGCAUAUAUGGCCAGCCAUACAACAGAGUCCAUUGUUGGUAGAAAUGAUUUCUAUGUGAAGAAUACAAGAAUCAGGACAUCCAUAAUUCCAGAACCUAAUGUGGCUGGUAUGUGCUUCUGACAUUCCACACAAAUGGUGUUUCUUUGUAUGGUUUUGUGUGCGUUUUCAAUCAUCUGUAUUGACAUUGUCAAUUCUUCACAGGUUUGAAUACACCUCCAAUAACCAUGAAUAUGGAUAUAUAAGUAUGCAAAUUAGAUAGUGGAAGUGGAAGUGGGACUUUUUUCGCCGGUGAACAUGAGCAGGUGUUUUCAAACAACAUGGAUUCCUUUGAUGUUGGAGACAAUGUUUUAAUAGAUCAAAGGGGAGGUGCUACAGUGAUACCAGUGUUGCCAAAUGGAUAUUUCAGGUUACAGGUUGAUGGUACCGAAUUUGAUUUUGACUGUGAUGAAUGCAGAUUAUCCAAAAUUCCCUGUGACCAACAUUUCGUCAUCAAAACACCAUCGUCGAGAACGGCGAAGCCUAACGAUGCCUGAAGUAGAUUUGUCGCUGCUGAGGACGGCAUGAUUGAUAGCGUGAUCCUUGACAGUCAAAACAGAAACACAGCCAAGAAAACUGUUUGAUAACUUUCGAAAAAAGUCCAAAAUGAAUUUUGCCAAAGGCAUGAAAUACACCCAAACAAACUAGACACACUUCUAUGCAAGUUUAUGUAAGUGUUUGAAAAACAAAUGGGGAAAAUUAUGAACCAAACUGUCUCCACCAGGUUUCAGCAUCAAGAGAUCACCACAAUGCAAAGGGUCUGGCUUUCCCUCACGUCACCCUUUGAAUUUUCAAGAUCACGGGAGGUUUUAGAUGGGAGGAAAAUUUAACUGAAGAAUAAAGGGUAUGGCAACGUACCGAGGAGAACUGAUCCAAUUAGGGAUACAGAGAUCGAAUCCCUGUGGCAGUCUUGAUCCGUUGGAAUUAGUAUUUCGAUGAGCAUAAUAUACUGUCUAUGGAUCUACAACACAAUCCCUUUUUAAAUUUUGUGUCAAUGAUCACUAAAACAUGUGUUGGGGGAUGUAAUAUCUUGAAGUUUCCACGAAACAAGUAAAGAAUAAGUCUGGUGAGAAUCCUCGUGAUUGUCAUAUCGUAAGGCCCAAAAUGUCUAAUGUUGCUGAUCUCUCUCGGUGCCCUGUGCAGGUAUACAGGUGGUAUGCAUCUUUAGAGAUGGUGAUCCCUUUUAAGUCGCCAGUCAGCACUCUCCGAUUAUACCGGUAAAUGUUUCUGGUGGUAUCAACACUAUGUUUGAUGGCAACAUUACUGGUGGAAACAUAACGAUUAAUGACGCUGACUAAAGCAUAAUGCGACCUCUCUACCAUGAGACAUCCUCAAGUGAGAGUGCAGGUUGAUUUGAAAGAUAAAUAUCAGUGAAAUUAUGCCAGAAAUAGGAUCAAAUGGCACAGAAUCGUUGUUGUUACCGUCAUUAAAGUUUCAAUUAUUCUACAAAACUCUGUUCAAGUAUUUUGUUUUAAAUAGUUAAUAGGCUGCUUAUUUUGGUUCACACGGAAAUG